CUGUGUCAUUAUUCAGGAGCCGGCAGUCUACAGAAAAGCUCGUUACAUGCUCCCCUUUCCCAUGAUCUGCUGAAGCUCACUCAUGUCCCGGGUAAUCAGAGGGAUUGGCUGUAUUGCAUCUGUCUCUACUGUCCUGUCUAUCUGUGUCUCUCCUUGGGAGUCCCACCCAUCUUUCAAGUUCAGAUCUAGCAUUGCAUCUAUCACCUGUACCACACAAGCAAUGGCUUGGUCUUCUCAAAGACUGACUUCCUCUUUCGGGAAAUAUGCAAAAGUGAGAAGUUGUCAAGGCAGUGAAUGAGAGAGACCUAAAGGAAAUUCAGGCUGAAGCGCAAGUCCUUGCCGGAUGUUGGCAUCAGUCACCACCACGGCCAGGAGAGGAGACAGGACCAUGUGGCUGUUCCCUGCUCUGCUCCUCUUCCUCCCAGGCUGCUCCACUGCUCAGGAUCCAAUCACAGGUCCAGACACGGUGAGAGGUCAGGAGCAGGGCUUCUUGACUGUGCAGUGCCGUUAUGACUCAUCCUGGAAGGAUUACAAGAAGUACUGGUGCCAAGGAGCUGUUUGGAGAACAUGUGAGAUCCUCAUUCAAACUGAUACAUCAGAGCAGUUGGUGAAGAAGGACCGUGUGUCCAUCAGGGAUGACCAGACAGACUUCAUCGUCACAGUGACCAUGGAGGACCUGAGGAUAAGCGAUGCUGGCAUUUACUGGUGUGCGAUUCAGAGAACUGGAUUUCAUCCCCAUUUUGAAGUUAAUGUGAAUAUUGACCCAGCCACAAAAACUUCAACUAAAAUAGUGUCAAUCAUUGCCCCAAUCCUGACAACCACAGCGUCAACCACCAUGGCCCCAGUCCUGACAACCACAGCGUCAACCAUGGAGAACACUGGCAACUAUGGAGGGACUCAAACCAACACCCACACCUGGCCCCUGCUGAGCAGCAUCUACUUCAAGCUCCUGGUCUUUCUGGAGGUGCCCCUGCUCCUGAGCAUGCUCAGUGCAGUCCUCUGGGUAAACAGGCCUCAGAGGUGCUCUGGCGGAGGUGAAGAUGGCCUGGUGAAGGCCCAGAGUUCUGAUGCCCAGUAA